AUGAUAUUGCUAAGAGAUGAGUAUCGAAGCUUUUAUAUUUUCAUCGCUUCUUUUAUUGUUAUUUUGGUGUUGCUGAAUAAUCUUGACGAUGAAUCUGCAACUUCUACUUCCCAGUAUUAUUAUCAAACAGAAAUAACCCAAGUAAUCGAGGAGGAAAUCAAGGAAGAGAACAUGGAAUCAGCGGACGAAGAAAUAGAGUGGAAUUUCAUGGAAAAUACGGUGAUUGGAGGUUGCUGCAAGGAUAAUUGUGAAGAAAUAGAAACUCUGGAAAGAGCUAAGAAAGAAUGCGUUGGUAUGGGCUUAGACUGUAUGGGGGUAACUCUUGAGAAUGGAAAAUAUACUCUUCGGCGCGGUCCGAAACUAUUGAGGAUGGACAUUACGGGACUCCCCGCUGAUGAAGUACCUGUAAAACGAGCAUGGGCAAAAUGGACAGUAGAAGACUGUACGAUGGAAGAUUACAUAAGAGAUCACGGAGAAAAUAUAGUGUUGAAUUUGACCGACUUUACUGAAGAAAACCCAACUAUUAAAAAUAGACUGGGUCGGCCAAACACGAAGAAAUGCGAGUUCAUGUUUGGAUACAGCCAUAUCGGAAAAUUACUUCAGUUCAAUAAAGAUCAACAGAUAAAUGUACUUCAACAGCCUGAAGAUUGUUCUUUCAGCUCUGAUUCAAGCUCAAUAUUAUUUGGCAUCAAAACUCUACCCGGCGCUUCAGAAUUUCGUCGAGCAAUUCGAGAGACUUGGCUCAGCCCAGGGAUUUGGAAGUGGCUUGGUUACCAAUUAAAAGUUGUCUUUCUCAUUGGAAAUCCGACAGGGAUUGAUUUGGCGGAAGAAAUUGAACGUCACAACGACUUACUCAUCUUGGACAUAGAAGAGAGCCACUACAACUUACCUUUCAAAGAUGUAGCUUUUCUUAGAUUCAUCAAAAACCACUGCCAAGCUGAUUUCAUCUUCAAGGGGGAUGAUGACAUCUGCCUUGUUCCCCAGAAUCUCGUCACCGAAAUUGAAAGACUGAAAAACACCUCUGGAAUGGGAUCAUUUGGAUGUUUGAAAGGGCCUGAGUCAGUUACUCGUAUUCCAUUUUUCAAAUAUUUCGUCCCUCGGCAAAUCUACGAACCUGAAGAGUAUCCUGUUUAUUUCUCCGGCGCUGGUUACGUAACAACGCUAGAAUUCGCGCUGAAGCUAGAAGAGCAGACGUACAAUGUUCCGGUUAUUCCUUUGGACGAUACUUAUGUAGGCACUCUUAUUCAAGCUGCUAAUUUGAGUGAUUCUAUGAUGCGCUCUUUGACCAGUUGCAUGGGCCUCGUCCCUAGAAUUUUUCGCAAAGAAAAAGCCUCAAAUGAUCUGUGUACUCUUCGCGGAUUCAACUUCGUUCAUAAAUACCGGGAUCCGAACCGUAUGAAAUACGUUUAUCAUGACCUCGUUAGCGGAAAAUUCUCUUGCAACAUCAGCGCGAUGGAAGAAUAUUGGAAGCCAACGAACGGCUGGAGAAGAGUGAAUUUCACAACGCUAGAAAAUGCCUGGCGUGGAAAUUUUGAAAGCUUCAGACCUUACUUAGAAUAA